AUGGAUGAAGACCCAAAGGCACCACGCGUGGCCAGCGCUAAGCAGGUUGACAAUGCCCUCAGAGCUAUCAAUGAGAAGAAGCCAGUGCCGGAGAUUGACUUCACCCUGCACACAAUGGAAGAUGGGUCGACGGUGAGCACAAUGGAGCGGGUUUGCAAAGCUCUCGAUAUAGAUGUACAAGCACCUGCGAUGCACCCGCCGACGGACCAGCAGUUCUUCUCGCCGGAAGAUCCAUCUAAACCAAAUUUGACGUUUUUGAAGCAACAUUUCUACCGCGAAGGGCGUUUGACCGAGGAGCAGGCGUUAUACAUCAUUGAAGAGGGAACGAAAGUCCUCAAACAAGAGCCCAAUCUCUUAGAAAUGGAUGCGCCCAUUACAGUCUGCGGUGAUGUCCACGGGCAAUAUUACGAUCUGAUGAAGUUGUUCGAAGUUGGUGGCGACCCAGCUGAAACUCGUUAUCUUUUCCUAGGAGAUUAUGUCGAUAGAGGUUAUUUCAGUAUUGAAUGUGUCCUAUAUCUCUGGUCCUUGAAGAUCUGGUAUCCAAAUACCUUGUGGCUUCUUAGAGGGAAUCACGAAUGUCGCCAUUUGACCGACUACUUCACAUUCAAGUUGGAGUGUAAGCACAAAUACUCGGAGAAGAUCUACGAUGCAUGCAUGGAAUCAUUCUGCUCUCUUCCUCUCGCGGCAGUCAUGAACAAGCAAUUUUUGUGCAUUCAUGGCGGUCUCAGCCCUGAGCUGCACACUCUUGACGAUAUCCGUUCUAUUGAUCGGUUCCGGGAACCACCUACCCACGGUUUGAUGUGCGAUAUCUUGUGGGCCGAUCCAUUAGAAGAAUUUGGUCAAGAGAAAACUUCGGAAUACUUCAUUCACAAUCACGUGAGAGGUUGCUCAUACUUUUUCUCCUACCCAGCUGCUUGCAAUUUCUUGGAAAAGAACAAUUUGCUUUCAGUCAUUCGGGCGCAUGAAGCUCAAGAUGCUGGCUAUCGUAUGUAUCGCAAAACCCGAACGACAGGAUUCCCAAGUGUGAUGACAAUCUUCUCCGCUCCCAACUACCUAGAUGUCUACAACAACAAGGCAGCUGUCCUCAAGUACGAAAACAAUGUCAUGAACAUUAGACAAUUCAAUUGCACACCGCAUCCUUACUGGCUGCCAAACUUCAUGGAUGUCUUCACCUGGUCUCUUCCUUUCGUUGGAGAGAAGAUUACGGACAUGCUCAUUGCAAUUCUCAGCAUUUCCUCUGAGGAUGAGCUGAAAGAAGAUGCAACACCAUCGACAGUAUCGCCCGGGCCAAUAUCUCCACCGGCCACCACUCCAUUGGAUCCGGAUUCGAUCGAAUACAAGAAGCGAGCGAUUCGCAACAAGAUCUUGGCUAUUGGUCGUCUAUCCAGAGUCUUCCAAGUACUCAGAGAAGAGUCGGAACGAGUUACUGAGCUCAAGACCGCAUCUGGUGGUAGACUGCCUGCAGGUACUCUUAUGCUUGGUGCAGAAGGUAUCAAGAAUGCUAUCAGCAGUUUUGAAGAUGCGCGCAAGGUCGAUUUACAGAAUGAGAGACUCCCACCAAGUCACGAAGAAGUCACGAGACAGAGUGAAGAGGGCCGUGCUCAAGCUCUGGAGAGAGCGAGAGAAUCUGCAGACAAUGAUAAGGGACUACAGCAAUUAUCAAGGAGAUUAAGCACUGACCGAAAGAAAUGA